UACCCUUUCUAUAAAUAUUGGAUAGUUAGGGCCUAAUUAAUGAAAAUAUGUAUUCGCUUACUGCCAUUCAUCUACUCUCGCUGCUUUUACUGUGCGAUUCACAAAUGAUGGGUCCUCCAGGAACGAUAAUUUUGGACGCAAUGGGACCAUGUGAAAAUAAUCCGGGAGGGGAUGUAGAAUUUAAUUUAAACCUGCAAACUAUUGACUCUAAAGGGGGAAAAUUGUUGUCAGUGAAUGUCAGUACGAAGGUUCCCAUUGAUGAUACCGUAACUUAUUUUGCCAAUCUUCUAAAAUGGGAUGAUAAUGGCUGGACAACCGUAACGACACACUCCGCAAACUUUUGCGCAGACGUUAUGAAGUUCGCGCCAAGAGUAUGGAAGUUGGUGAAAGAGCACUCUGUUCCAGAAAUACCUGCUAGAUGUUCCCUCGAACCUGGCGAUUAUAAGGUAGACAACUUAAGAGCGGCGACUUCAGAUUUCAAUCUACCUGUAAUGCCUUAUGGAAAGGUGAAAAUAGAUAUAUCACUCUCUCGAGGUGGCAAACUAUUGGCAUGCUUCUAUUUUGAUGGAGUUUCACAGAAACCUACAAGACAUUUUUAAACUGGUUUUUAUAAUUUUACAGAAGUUAAUGUAAAUUGCAGGGAAAACUGUAGGUUUUUAACUUUUAUUUUCACGAAAAAGUUCAGCGUUAUGAUAAAGGUAUAUCAAUUUCCGAAAGCUUGAUGACACUUUUACAAAUAGUUUUAUUCUUUCUCAUCUACUUUUACAUCACCAGUACUGUUACUAACAGUAACUACUUUCUCAGUUAAUAUCCUUCUU